AUGGCUUACCUCUGGGUAAGCACAACUGCUUGGCUCGACUAUGAAGGAGUGAGGACUCUUUUCACAGCUGCGAUGGCACAUCCAGAGGUAUUCAGGGUGACUGAGGUAGCUGAUCUCCCAGUCAAUGAAGAAGGCGUGUUCUUCGUGCUCCAGCCUCCUUCAGGUCUGAUUGACAGCAACAUGUGGGACAUUCUAUCUGGUCCAGUAGGAUCCAAAAGGCUUGUGAGCACCUUUUUCAUGGUAAGACAUCUAACAAAACUGUGUUCAAUUGAGCACAAAAAAUUGAGUUAA